UAGAGGACCGCUGUGCCCAAAUUGCAUCCUGCAACGUGCGGUGCCAUCCAUCCCACACGACAGCAGCUCGUGCAUGGUGCACCUCCUUACAUCACCGCUCCCGCAGCCGCGCAGGGGCCGAUGCAUCAGCUCGCAUCACUACUAUCACACGGGAGCGGACGACCUCUUUGCACGCGCAGGUUCACGCCUUGGCGCGCGUUUUUUUUUCUCCCUCCCCCCCUUUUAGGUGAGCGCGCACUCGGUGUUCGGGAGCUCGUUCGUCUGCGCAGAUGUAGCGGAGAGAGGUGCCCGCAAGUGAAGGGGGACUCUUCUUAAGUUACCAGCAUCGGGGUGUAGCUCCGCGCCGAGGCGCAGCUUUCCAGGUGGACGCACGAGCGCGGGGAGGAGAAACAACAACAACAACAGCGGGAGAGGAUGCGGAGCCGAGCAGCUCCGGGAGCCGCAGCUUCACCUCAGCAGCGCGUCGGCGGACCCUCCUGCAACUUUUAAUGUGCUGAAGUUUAUCUCUGUUCCGUCCGCGGUUCGGCUCAGCACUCGGCCGCCAUGGUUGGUCCAUCCGUCCACAGUGCGCUCUUUCUGUGCGCCUCGCUCCAGCUGUUCCCCCUGCUCGGCGGACAGGUGCCAAACUGCCAGGAGGUGCGCACGGUGUUUCAGUCUCUGCACCCGGGCUCCAAGUGGGUCCCCGAAAGCCCAGUGUCAGGUUCGGAUCUGCAGGUUUGCCAAACCAAAGGCCCGACCUGCUGUUCCAAGAAGAUGGAGGAGCGGUAUCAGGUAGCCGCACGCAGCAACAUGGAGUCUGGUCUGCAGGUUGUCAGCGCCCAACUCAAACGCCUCAUCAUCCAGAACGCUGCCAUAUUCCAAGAGGCCUUCGACCUGGUGCUGCGUCACGGCCGUAACUCCACCCUGGCCAUGCUGAAGUCAGAGUUCCCGGGUCUUGGAGCCGGCGCCCAGAGCUCGGUCGGGCAGCUCUUCCUGGACAUGGCGCUCUACAUCCUGGGCUCGGACUCCACAGUGGACAACAUGGUGGGCGUGCUCUACGACCGCCUUUUCCCUCUUGCAUACCGCCGCCUUCUGGGGGGCAGCGUCCCCUCUGUGUCCGAGGAGUGCAUAAGAGGAGCCUGGAAGGAAUCGGGAGCCUUUGGCCCUUAUCCCAAGCUGAUGAUGACCCGUCUGUCUCGCUCCCUCCUGGCCACGCGGGUCUUCCUGCAGGCGCUUAACUUGGGCAUAGAGGUCGUCAACACGACGGACCACCUGCGGCCCGGCCGGGACUGCAGCCGGGCCCUGCUGAGGCUGUGGUACUGCCCACACUGCCAGGGCAUGCUGGGCCCGCCGGCCUGCAGAGGCUUCUGUCAGGCCGUGAUGCAGGGCUGCCUGGGUGGGGCGGCCGAGGUGCAGCCUCACUGGAGGACCUACGUGGACGGACUGGGGAAGCUGGCCGGUUCCAUGAGGGGGGAGCAGGACAUGGAGGCCGUUGUUCUCAGACUGCCUGCGAUGAUCAAACUGGCUCUCAGGCACGCCGUGAACGCACGCAGCCGCCUCACCACCCUGGUGAACGGGAUGUGUGCGCACACUCCUCAGCGGGCCUCCCGCUCAGUCGGCUCCCCUCCUCCCCAGCCCCCCGCGGCGUCCGCAGCCCGCGGCGCACAGCCCUCGUCCCCGGACUCUGAUGAGACCUUGGCCGGCCUCCGCAGGGAGUUCAUAUCCAGCCUGAGGGGCUUCAGCUCCUUCUACAGUGGCCUCGGGGAGGCGCUGUGCAGCCGCGAGCCGGCGCCGGCGAACCACUCCCUCUGCUGGAAUGGGCAGGAGAUGACAGACAGGUUUCCCGGACCCGGCCUGAAGCGAUUGCACCCCGGCUCUGAGUCCAAGAGCAACAAGCCCCCGGAGCCAAUCAUCAGCCAGAUCAUUGACAAACUCAAACACAUCAACCAGUUACUGCGGCUUGUGACGGUAUCUGAGAAGCGCUGGAGAGCCCGGUCUCGUGGCGGCGGCGGCGGAGGGGACGGGUGGAGUGACGACGGGGAAGAGGGAUUCCAGAGUGGCGACUGCGACGACGAAGACGAAUGCACCGGGGUGUCCGGGCUGGGGCCGCCGCCGAGGCGCAAACGGUUGCGCAUCUUUGCAGAUCUCGCUGACAACCUGGCUAUGGAUGACUUCACCUUCCAGGAGCAGCUGCUGACCCCUCGGUUGGCCACAGCCGGCGUCGGAGGCGUCUCCUCACCCGCGGCUCCACUCUGGAGGAGCUGCCUGGUCCCGACGAUCCCCGCGGCGCUCGUUCUGCUCCUGAUUCGUCGCCACUGACCGGCGCACUCGCACAUCUCCCAUCGCCUCUUUCCGUUAGGGUUUCAAAAACUCUCUGUGGAACAUGAAAAAACUGCCGUGUCCAGAUGCUCAUCGGAGGAAGCAUGAACAACAGAUUUCUAUUAACGUGUCUCAGUAAGAACUUGUUUUGUUUUUAUUCAAAAUCACGAAACAACCGUAUUAAAGCACACCAGAUAAACCUUUGUCAUUGUGUUAAUAAGAAACUUGCCCUCUGGUCCACUCCCACUAUAAUAACUACAUUUUUCCCCCCUUGCCUCGUCUCCUCUUUGCUCCCAUAGUGACUUAUGUGUAUGUAUAAAUGUGGCAAAGACCUGCCAUCAUUAGUCAACUUUGUCAUGGGCCUUCAAGUGAAGAGCUACUUGGAAAACAGGCACACAACUGACCUUUUCUAAAAAUGCUCCCAGUCCCAAUCUGCAACAAGUUAUUUCCCAGCAGGAACCCACUGGAGGAAGAGAAAAGCUUCAGCGACUUUCUUCCAUGACAGUGAAUGAUCUCCUGCCCAGAGUGGACUUGUUUCAGGGGGCUCCAUGUCCCAGAAGGCUGAGCUGAAACGGUCCCUUAGAGAGCGUUGUACCUUCAAAUGCUCUGUUACUACUUCAAUCUGCUUCCUUCUCCAUAAUUAUUGGUGUCCUAGUGAUGAUAAAUUAUUUCAGAUUUCCUCAAUGGAAGUGGUUUUUUUCUCUGUUAGUGUCAAUGUUUGCUUUAUUUCGUAACACUGAUUUCUUUUCUUUUUUUUACAGUAACAGCCCUAUGAUUGAGGGAAAAAAAUCAAGGGCUAUCAACAGAGCCUAAGUCUCCAAAUCAGCCUGAUAACUGUACAGAUGUAUGUUUCUCUGUGUUGGUGCCAUGUUUACAAAAAUAUGUUAAUUUGCGAUAUUGACAUAUUUGACAAGAAAAUUUGGUUGGACUGUGAAGCCUUUCUAGCUUAUUCUUCAGCACUGUGGGUAAAGCAAGGAGUCAAGUGAAAUAUAAAUAUGUAUAAAAAUGUGUAAAUUGACUUGUUCUGUUGGUUUGCAUUGGGCUCACACUAUUUAUCCUGCAAAUGUUGCCCUUUGCAUUGAAUUAUUUGUUCUUCGAUGUUCCGUUUAAAACCAGAAGCCAGAUUUUCAUUUCAAUGUUUGUUUCAUUUUGUUUUGUCUUGUGGUGCAAACUGGAUCACAGAAAGCUCCCGUGCUGCUAAGACUGGAGGACAUGUGAUGGAUGCGUGGAAAGACGCUAAUUAAAAGCUGGAACUGAGUCUGCUGCUGCUGCCGCCACCCGGCUGGCUUCACAGCUGCACGUGUUGACUGUGCUCACGCCAAACUAUUGGACUCAUGUCAGGAGAAGCACAGGAGUUAACUAAUAACUGUAACAGUGGCCCUGUUCCAUAAAGGUGUGCCAGUGAGUCAUGUCGGUGGGCCAGGGUCCUGAUACCAGACAUCCAGCUGCCAGUGGCAGAUCCAGGAACGGAGGUUGACCAAAACGAAUGCCCAGUGACAUGUUUUUUUGUUUUGUUUUUCAGUUGAAUGUUGAUGAGGAAGGUACAAUGUAAAAUAAACUAAACAUGAUUUGCUGUUUUGUGGUGAUGUGUGUGUGUGUGUGUGUGUGUGUGUGUGUGUGUGUGUGUGUGUGUGUGUGUGUGUGUGUGUGUGUGUGUGUGUGUGUGCGUGCGUGAGUGAUGUUUUGAAAGACAAAUUAUUUUUUCAGCCUUUUUUCCCGUGAGAUGGAGUCUUGGUUCAUUUGUCAAGAGCGUAUUCAGCCGAGUUGUGAUGAAAAUAUGAUUUCAAACAUAUUUUUGAUAUGCAAAAUAUGCGGUAUAUUGACAAGAAAGAUCCAAGCUGUAACCCCUCUCACGUCACAUUAAAGGCCCUGACAACUUGGU